AUUAUUAUUAUUAUUAUUAUUAUUUUUAUUACUACCGUUACUAUUACUCCAAUCUUUCUAGAUGUUUGCCACUGUUGAUUUUAUAAUGGAGCUCUACAUAGAUUGACAGAGAGUAACCUGACAAACUGCUGUGCCAUGGCUGCAAGAGUGUUAAUUGGCUCGGACCAUGAUGCCGUUUGCGGCCGCUGGGUUCAACCACAAACCAACAGCAGCUCCCAGGUGGAGGGUUAACGUGUCACAGACACUCACCUCAUCAUAUGACUCUGUCCUGACUGACAUAGUAGUCAGGGGCUGCAGGUCGCAGCAUGGGCAACUCCUCCAGGAAGGGAGAGGGAGAGGAAGACGAGGAGGGGGGAAAGGAUGGCGAGGAGAAAGAAAUCCCAGAGGAGAAGAAAAAGGAAGAGCUGGAGGUUGAGGGAGACCUCCCAAUGGGGGUGGAGGAGUUGUUCGAGAGUGGAGACCCAGUCCUGGACUUGGCCUACCGAAAAUUUAAGCGUUUGCCGUCACGUGUUUGUGGACUGUUGCACCUGGAGAAGCUGUAUGUUUGCGGAAACAGCCUGCGCACUUUGCCGGGCAGCAUCUCCCAGCUGCAGGGUCUGCGUAUACUAGCCCUCGACUUCAACAAGAUGGAGGACGUUCCUCCGGCCGUCUGCCAGCUCACUAACCUCACUCGCCUCUACCUGGGCAGCAACCGGCUGAUGAGCCUCCCACCUGAGCUGAGGAACCUGCAGAGUCUGCGCUGCCUGUGGGUAGAGAGCAACUACUUCCAAAGCUUUCCACAGGAGCUCUACGACCUGCCCAACCUCAAGUCCCUUCAGAUCGGGGACAACCGGCUGAAGGCGCUGCCUCCUGACCUGCCGCGUAUGGAAGCGUUGAGGGGCUUGUGGCUGUACGGGAACCGCUUUGAUUCCUUUCCCAGAGUCCUGCUGCGCAUGGAAAACCUGGAGAUCUUAGACCUCGACCGCAAUAAGAUAUCAAAGUUUCCCAGUCUGAGGCGCCUCACAGCUCUACGCCUGUUCUCCUACGACCACAACCCGGUUAAGGACCCUCCUAAAGUGGGUGAGGAGGUGCUCGUUGUCGGAGAAGGGGCUGCGGAGUUCCUGGAGGCACGUGAGGCGAAGGAGAGGCAGCGAAAGGCCACAGAGGAAGAGGCCGAGGAGUUAGCUCUGGCAGGUGAGGAGCCGGUGAUUCAUGGCAUCUUGAAGAACAGCAGCUCAAAACAAGCUAGAACUGAAGCUGCAGUGACCAUGGAGGAUACAGACGUUAAAGAGGAAGAGCCCCUGGUUAAGGAGGAGGAGGAGGGGCAAGUGGAGCUGCCAUUCACAGAGUACGAUGGAGCUGAACUUGAAUAUGAUGAAGAGGGUGUAGAAUAUGAGACGGAGGAGCUGAUAUGUGAAGGAGAGGGGUUUGAGUAUGAGGGCGAUGAGCUGGAGUACGACAGGGUUCAGAUGGACUAUGAGUAUGAGGAAGAGGAGGAGGAGACAAGAUGAAGGGACUUGAAAAAAAAAACCCCUCGUACAUCCAGUUGAUCUGCAGGAAGGUGGAGUUUUUUUGAAGAAGCUGACACAGGGCAGGGGGGGAAAUUUUCUAAACGUGCUGCUAAUUUCUAAUCCAUUGUUAACUGUGAAAACAAGGUUGGGCAUUAUGAUACUGUAAAAAUGACCAAAUCAGAGCAGGACUCAGAUGAAGUGAGUGUGUUGGUCUUGAGUGUGUAUGGCUAUUUGACAUGAGGGUUGUUUUUUGAGUGUACACAGGAGACCAAGUCUUCCAUUAUUAAAUAUUGACUCCUUCUACGAAA